AUGGCUGCGGCGAAGCAACGGUUGUCCGAUUGCUUGGUCAGGCGGCAAGGUAUCGAGACCAUGCGCAACCAGGUGGAAAAGUUCAUCGCGAAGUUCAACGCUGAGACGGACACGUGCCAGAUUCCUGUCCGUUUGGAGAGUUUGGAUCGAGCGUACCGCGAGUUCCUCGAAGUCCAAGCCGAGCUCGAACGCACCGAUAAAUCCGAGUAUUUGGAAACUCAUUUGACGGAACGAGCCGACUUCGAGACGAGAUACUGUGAAGCCAAGGGAUUUUUGCUGUCGAAGCGGACCGAGGAGCAGAACCUGACCGCAUUGAACAGCACCAUGAACACCAGCCAGCCUACCCAUCCAGUAUCCUUCCACCUACGCCUACCCAAGAUCGAUCUGCCGAAAUUUGAUGGAGAUUUCUCUCGUUGGCUGUCCUUCCGUGAUGCGUUCACGUCGAUGGUGCAUUCGAAUCCAGACAUCCCAACAGUGGCAAAGCUGCAGUACUUGUUGAACUCACUCGUCGAUAAAGCAGCACUGCAGUUCGAGAACGUGGAGAUUGAGGCAGACAAGUAUGCGCCAACGUGGGACGAACUGCUGAAGCGCUACGACAACAAGCGGUUCCUGAAGCGCAAACUGUUCCAUGCCCUGUACGAUCUGCCUUCGCUGAAGCGCGAAUCUGCUAGUGACCUGCGUACGCUCGUGGACGAUUUUCACCGGCAUGUGAAGGCGUUGGAAAAGCUGAAAGAGCCAGUCGCACACUGGGACACACCUCUUGUCAGCAUCCUGUGCUACAAGCUGGACUCCAGAUCGCUGCGUGCUUGGGAGGAGCACACUAGCAAAGAAGAAGAUGUGACGUACGCAAUGCUGACCGACUUCCUGUACCAACGGUUGAGAAUGCUUGAAUCCGUCCGUGAGACCUCAGAGCAGCAGCAGCCGUCCAAGGUGGCCGGUACCAAUCCCCAUCCGUUCCAGAAGAAGCCGUUCAAGGUCGUAUCCAACGCUGUCGCAUCUAGGAUGAAGUCCAUCCAACAACGCCAAGAUUUGGUGUACCAGAAGCGCCUCUGCUGGAACUGCUUCCGAUCCGGACACCAAUCUCGGAAUUGCUUGUCGAGAUUUACGUGCCAGGUCUGCCACGAGAAGCACCACACCCUGUUGCACCGAGAUGCACCCCCGAAGAUGUCGUCAACCCAAGCCGCGCCGAAGAAGCCAUCCCAGCAACCGAUCCAAUCCACGUCGACGUCGGUGGAUCCCACAUCUAGUACGUCGAACCCAGAAUCCCAAGUUAGUUUGUCCGUCCAGUCGCACCGAAGCACAGUACUCCUGGAGACGGUUGCACUUGAAGUUCUUGGCCAGAACGGAAAGAAGUAUCCUGCUAGAGCCCUGCUCGAUUCGGCGUCCAUGUGCAACUUCAUCACGAAGAAGCUUGCGAACACCCUGAACCUCCGUCGAAAGAAGGUCGACAUCGAUGUAGCAGGGAUCGGAGAAUCCACGAAGCAGAUCAAGUGCCAGCUGACUGCAACCAUCCAAUCCAAGUACACUCCGUACGCUGCUAAGCUCGAGUUCCUUAUCCUGAAGAGACCGACGAUCAACCUGCCAACCAUCCCAGUCGACGUAUCCCAGUGGAAGCUACCUGAAGUUUCGUUGGCAGAUCCCAAGUUCAACGUUCCGUCUGAUAUUGACAUUGUUAUCGGCGGAGAAUCCUACCACGAGCUGCACACUGGCAGCAAGCAGACCCUCGACGAGGGCCUCCCGUUGAUGAUCGAGAUAGUGUUUGGGUGGACCGUAUCCGGAAAAGUGUGUAUCCCAUCCCCAAGUAUCCCACGUGUUUGCCACCUCACCACUGUUGAUCGAAGCCUGGAACAAGCUCUCCAGAAGUUCUGGGAACUGGAAGCUGUCGAACCCUGUUCAGUGCUAACCACAGAAGAAACCCACUGUGAAGAAAUCUAUUCCGCUACCACCACGCGCGAUUCGUCGGGUCGUUAUAUCGUUCGCUUGCCACUCACCCGCGAUCCGCUCGUCACCCUCGGCGCAUCCAGAACAAUCGCCGAACGUCGUUUCCUGAGCCUGGAGAAGAGACUGGAGCGUGAUCCCACCACUCGUGAAGCGUACUGUAAGUUCAUGGACGAGUACGAACGCCUCAACCACAUGCAUAAGGUCGACGAUCCCGUGGACGACAGCAUUCCGCACUGCUAUCUUCCACACCACCCGGUAUUCAAAGCCUCGAGUACUACAACCAAAGUCCGCGUAGUUUUCGACGCGUCGUGCAAGACGGCGUCGGGAUUCUCCGUGAACGACCUGCAACUGGUGGGACCAGUCGUUCAGGAAGAUUUGUUGUCGAUCGUCAUGCGUUUCCGGACCUACCCAAUCGCGCUCGUAGCAGACUGUGAGAAAAUGUACCGCCAAGUUUUGCUACAUCCGGAAGACCGUCCGUACCAACGCAUCCUCUGGCGUCCCACUCCAACCCAACCGCUUGCGACGUACGAACUGAACACCGUAACGUACGGUUUCGCAUCCUCGCCAUUCUUGGCAACCCGCACCCUCCUCGAGAUAGCCAAAGACGAAGCCAAGAACUACCCAAAAGCAGUCGAAGCAGUGAAGCAGGAUUUCUAUGUGGAUGAUUUCCUGUCUGGCGCUGAUGACCUCCCAUCCGCAACCCGAAUCCGGAAGCAAGUAUCCGCCAUGCUGUUAGCAGCCGGUUUCCCGCUGAAGAAGUGGGCAUCCAACGUUCCAGAGGCGCUAGCUGAUGUUCCGGAAGAAGAUCUUGCCAUCGUUCCGCUCCGUGACCUGAAGGACGACCAAUCCGUGUCUGUGCUCGGACUUGUUUGGGAUCCAGUUUCCGACACACUACGCUUCAAGGUGGAACUUCCGCUACCCGCAGCUGUACUCACGAAGCGGAUCGUGAUGUCGUACAUCGCCAAGAUUUUCGAUCCAGCUGGUUUCAGUGGUCCAGUUAUCGUAGUAUCCAAACUGUACAUGCAGGGUCUGUGGACUUUGCGCACCAAGGAGAAGAACCGCUACGAAUGGGACCGCCCGCUCCCCUCGCAGCUGCAAGCUGAAUGGAAAGCGUACCACAGUACGCUUGAAGAGUUGUCGAAAGUCCGGAUUCCAAGAUGUGUGUACCUGCCAACCGCCAUGUCCGUCGAGCUGCACUUCUACUCUGAUGCGUCGGAGAAAGCCUACGGAGCCAACUGUUACGUGCGCUGUGAGACGGUCAAAGGUAUCCAAGUGAGACUGUUGGCGUCGAGAUCCAAGGUCGCUCCGCUGUCCAAGCUUCAAUCCAUCGCCGAUCUUGAGUUGUGUGGAGCUGAACUGUCCGUGAAGUUGUACAAGAAGGUGGUGAAAGCCAUCAAGAAGCCGGUAGAAGUGUUCUUCCAUACAGACUCGAUGAUCGUACUGCAGUGGUUGCAGUCCCCACCAGCCCGUUGGAAGACAUUUGUGGCGAACCGAGUAGCACGGAUCCAAGCCGAAACCGACGUGAGACGCUGGCGACAUGUUCCCGGAAUCUGUAACCCAGCCGACGUCCUCUCCCGUGGUCUGAGCCCCAUCGAGCUUGUGAACUGUUUGCUGUGGUGGUUUGGCCCGGAGUACCUGUCCAAGUCCCGUGAACACUGGCCACGCUCUGUGAUUCCCGAUGUCGAUCCUGCUACUCUACCUGGAGCAAGAAGCAAGGCCGCCGUGAUGCUGAUCACCGCUGCCGAUCCGAAAUUCUCCGAUGAGCUGUUCAACCGUUUCUCCGAUUACUUCCACCUACGUCGCGCUGUUGCUUACUGGAGAAGAUACUUCCGUAUCCUGAAAGCUGUAUCCAAGAAGGAGAAGCCAGAGCGUCCCGAAAUUCUCACUGCCGCCGAGCUGCGUGACGCUGAGAUCGCUCUGUGCCGUGUAGCCCAGCGAGACAUGUUUGCAGAAGAUGCUGCAGACCUGGUCUCCAAGGAACGAGUAUCACCGUCGUCGCCGCUGAAGUGGCUCAACCCGAUCCUGCACGGUGACGGACUCAUUCGAGUCGGCGGAAGACUCAGCAAUGCUGCAGUUCCCGAUGAAGUAAAGCACCCGAUCGUGCUGUUGGCGAAGCAUCCGCUUUCCAUCCUGUUGGCGAAAUCGUACCACGUUGAUUUGUUGCACGCUGGCCCCCAGCUGAUGCUUGCUACGAUUCGCCAGAAGUUCUGGAUCAUCGGUGGCCGGAAUCUGGUCCGCCAAACCUACCAUCUCUGCAAAGAAUGUUUCCAGAACAAGCCAACCCUAGUGAAGCAGAGUAUCGCCGAUUUGCCAACCUCACGUGUCACCCCAACCAGACCGUUUGCUGUUUUAAUUGGUUCGCCGCAUCGCUGCUGGAAGUGUUGCAUUCUUCUCGAAGGAUUGCCUCCUCCAAACGGGAUGUUGUUGCUGUGGGUGCCGCGGCCGUUCAACAUGCGCUCGGGACAAUGUCGAUGGGUGAUCGAUGUUCCGCUGGUCAAAGGCUGGUGCUAG